ACUUUCUUCUCACAGUGUGGUGCUAGCCACCGCCAUAGCUAUUGACUGUGGAGGACAUCUGUCACUGACGGCGUUGUGCCAUCAACUUAAAACUCCGACCUGCUGGAACGAAUCUUGGAACAGCUUGUCUUCCCAGAGUACCUCCAAAUCUUGAAAUUUCAUCUAUCCAUCACGUACAGUAGAACGCGGCCAUGAGUGGUAGUGCGAUGGGUCCGUUGCUGCUGCUGCUGGCGGCCCUUGUCACCACUGCACAUCCACAGCGGUACAGUAAUGGUGGCUUUGGCAACGGUAGAUAUUCCAACGGAGGCAGUGGUGGAGGUUAUGGAGGAGCAUAUGACAGAAUCGGCGGUUUCAGCAACGGUGAAUAUGACAGGAACGGCUUUGGAAAUAGGGGCUUCAGCAACAGUGAAUAUGACAACAAUGGCUUUGGAAACGGUGGCUUCGACAACGGAGGCUUUGGAAACGGUGGCUUCGACAACGGAGGCUUCGGCAACGGUGGAUAUGACAACAACGGCUUCGACAACGGAGACUUCAGCAACGGUGGAUAUGACAACAAUGGUUUUGGAAACAGUGGCUUUGGCAACAGAGGCAUCGGCAGACUACCAGACGGAGGUUAUGGAGGUGUGAAGCCCCGUAGUGGCAGGUCUAUUUUCUCCAACCGUCCUGCCAGGAGCCUCGGUACAGCUUCGAUCAACUUACGAAUCCCUCGAGACCUUUUUGGUAUGCCGGGUUCCUCUAACAAACCAGGCAUCGACGAUUCACUAAGUGGUGGUGGUUCGAGCUCUAACAAACCAGGGAUUGAUGGUUCACUCAGUGGUGGUGGUGGUGGUUCAAGCUCUAACAAACCAGGCAUCGACGAUUCACUAAGUGGUGGUGGUUCGAGCUCUAACAAACCAGGGAUUGAUGGUUCACUCAGUGGUGGGGGUGGUGGUUCAAGCUCUAACAAACCAGGCAUCGACGAUUCACUAAGUGGUGGUGGUUCGAGCUCUAACAAACCAGCGAUCGAUGGUUCACAUAGUGGUGGUGGUUCGAGCUCUAACAAACCAGGGAUUGAUGGUUCACUCAGUGGUGGUGGUGGUGGUGGUUCAAGCUCUAACAAGCCAGGGAUUGAUGGUUCAUUUGGUUCUGGCAUUGCUAGAUCCAACAGACGCACGUCAAGAACUGCCUCCAAAAUUGGAAACUCUAAAGGUGGGCAUGAGAUUGGAGGUAGUGGUGGAGGAUUUGGAGGUGGUGAUUCUGGAGGACAAAUUGGAGGUAGUGGAGGAGGUUUUGGAGGUGGUGAUUCUGGAGGACAAAUUGGAGGUAGUGGAGGAGGUUUUGGAGGUGGUGAUUCUGGAGGACAAAUUGGAGGUAGUGGAGGAGGUUUUGGAGGUGGUGAUUCUGGAGGACAAAUUGGAGGUAGUGGAGGAGGUUUUGGAGGUGGUGAUUCUGGAGGACAAAUUGGAGGUAGUGGAGGAGGUUUUGGAGGUGGUGAUUCUGGAGGACAAAUUGGAGGUAGUGGAGGAGGUUUUGGAGGUGGUGAUUCUGGAGGUGGUGGAGGAGGUUCUGGAGGUGGUGAUUCUGGAGGACAAAUUGGAGGUGGUGGAGGAGGUUUUGGGAGUGGCGAAUUAGGGGAACAAAGUGGAGGUGGCGUGGUGUGA